AGCGGCAGUGGAAACAACUACAAUAAGAGCAGAGGGAACUACUAUAGCAGCAGAAAUGGACCAAACUACACUAGAUGCAGUGGAAUUAACUACAGUAGCGGCAGUGGAACCAACUACUUCAGUGGCAGUGGAACCCACUACAGUAGCGGCAGUGGAAACAACUACAAUAAGAGCAGAGGAAACUACUAUAGCAGCAGAAAUGGACCAAACUACACUAGACGCAGUGGAAUUAACGACAAUAGCGGCAGUGGAACCAACUACUUCAGUGGCAGUGGAACCCACUACAGUAGCGGCAGUGGAAACAACUACAAUAAGAGCAGAGGAAACUACUAUAGCAGCAGAAAUGGACCAAACUACAAUAGAUAGAGUGGAAUUAACUACAGUAGCGGCAGUGGAACCAACUACUUCAGUGGCAGUGGAACCCACUACAGUAGCGGCAGUGGAAAUAACUACAAUAGUAGAAGACGAAACAACUACUGUAGUGGCAGUUGAUCCAACUACUGUAGCGGCAGUGGAACCAACUACUGUAGCGGCAGUGGAACCAACUACAAUAACGGCAGUGGAACCCACUACAGUAGUGGCAGUGGAAACAACUACAAUAGUAGAAGACGAAACAACUACUGUAGUGGCAGUGGAACUAACUACAAUAGCAGCAGUGGAACCAACUACUGCAGCGGUAGUGGAAACAACUACAGUAUCGGCAGUGGAAACAACUACAAUAGGAGAAGGGAAAGCAACUACAGUAAUGGCAGUAGACCAGGCUACUGUAGCGGCAGUUGAACCAACUACAAUAGCCGCAGUGGAACCCGCUACAGUAGCGGCAGUGGAAACAACUACAAUAGGAGCAGAAGAAACAACUACAAUAGCGGUAUUGGACCCAACUACUGUAGCGGCAGUGGAACCAACUACAAUAGUGGUAGUUGAACCAACUACAGUAGCCGCAGUCGAAACAACUACAGCUGUGGAAACAACUACAGUAAGGGCAGUUGAACCAACAACUGUAACGGCAGUAGAAACAAAUACUAUAGUGGAAGUAGAAACAACUGCAAUAGGAGCAGAGGAAACUACAGUAGUGGAGGUGGAGCCAACUACAGUAGUGACAGUGGAGCCAACUACUGUAGCGGCAUUCGAACCAACUACAGAAGACUACGAAGAGUUUUCUUGCUGGGACCAUUCAGUUGGAUAUUACGUAGAUCCUCGAGACUGUACACGUUAUUAUCAAUGUCAAACAGAGAUGUCUCACUUAUCCUGUGGCACCCAACACUUCAAUGAAGAGAUAAAAGCAUGUGAUUGGCCGUCUAAUGUUGAGUGCUCAUCAACUCCAGGCGCAACAUUCACCUGCAACGAUAAACCUGUGGGUCUGCAUUAUUACGCAGAUCCAGCAGACUGCACUAAGUAUUAUUCUUGCUAUUUGGUCGAGGUUCCAUUAGAAUGCCCUGCUGGUUUUGCAUUUAAUGAGGUGAUUGGGAGCUGCGAUUGGAUGGAUAAUGUUCCAGAGUGUACUAACAGUGAUAUCGACGAUGCAGAACCAACCGAAGAAACAAAUAAUGCAUCGGAUGAACCCGAACAAGAGACAACACAAACGAUUGGGACUAAAGACUAUGAAGAUUCUUCAUCGUCAUACAAGAGGAUAUGUUACUACACUAAUUGGGCUCAAUAUCGUUCUGGCAACGAGCAAUACACUCCAGACGAUAUAGACGCGUAUAUUUGUACACAUAUUGUUUACGCAUUUGCCUUUAUGAACGAUCAACAUGAGCUCAUCCCUUUUGAAUGGAAUGAUGAAGACACUGAUUGGUCUCAAGGAAUGUAUUCUAAGGUAAAUGCACUGAGGGAAGUAAACAACGAUCUGAAGGUUCUGUUGGCCGUGGGAGGCUGGUCGUUUGGUGUUGCUAAGUUUUCAGCUAUGGUUUCUACGUCGGCCAAUCGUGCACAUUUCAUUUCGACAUCCAUAACUUAUCUGAGAGACAGAAAUUUUGACGGACUUGAUUUAGACUGGGAAUAUCCAGCGGCACGUGGAAGUCCCGCUAUUGACAAAGAGCGUUUUACUUUACUUGUACAGGAGCUACGCCAGGCAUUUGAUGCGGAAUACGAUGGGAGUAAAGAAAAGUUACUGCUUUCCGCAGCAGUAGCAGCCGGCGAAGACACUGCUACAAAUGGGUACGAAAUGGCAGAAAUAGCAAAGCACUUAGAUUGGGUAGGAGUGAUGUCGUAUGAUUUACAUGGUUCUUGGGAAUCGCAGACUGGUCACCAUAGCGCCCUGUACGCACCAUCAAGUCAAGACCAAACACUGACUGUGUCUCACGCAGCGACAUUGUGGUCAAAUGGAGGUGUUCCAGGUGAAAAGUUAAUGAUUGGUGUCGGUACGUACGGACGAAGCUUUACCUUAUCGACUGCAGCAUCAGGUAUAGGGGCACCAGCUGCUGGGGCUGGUACAGCAGGAACGUACACUAGUGAGGCAGGCUUUUUGUCUUACUAUGAAAUAUGUGACAUGCUACAAACUGGUGGCACUGUUGUACAUGACGACAGUCUACAAACUCCAUAUGCUUACAAUGGUAACCAAUGGGUUGGAUAUGACGAUACUGAAAGUAUAGCAAGAAAGACACAAUGGAUAAAAGAUAACGACUAUGGUGGUGUUAUUGUGUGGGCACUCGAUCUUGAUGACUUUAGUAAUAGUCACUGUAGUGAAGGACCAUAUCCUUUAUUAAAUGCUAUUAAACAAGGCUUGGAAAACGACGAUGAUGCUAAUAACUCUACUGAGGAACCGAUCAUUCCGGAGAUAACUGAAGAACAAGUGACUGAGCAAACAGACUCAACAACUGCCAGUGAAUCUGAAAACACAGUAGAAGAUUCUUCAUCGUCAUACAAGAGGAUAUGUUACUACACUAAUUGGGCUCAGUAUCGUUCUGGCAACGCGCAAUACACUCCAGACGAUAUAGCCGCGUAUAUUUGUACACAUAUUGUUUACGCAUUUGCCUUUAUGAACGAUCAACAUGAGCUGAUCCCUUUUGAAUGGAAUGAUGAAGACACUGAUUGGUCUCAAGGAAUGUAUUCUAAGGUAAAUGCACUGAGGGAAGUAAACAACGACUUGAAGGUUCUCUUGGCCUUGGGAGGCUGGUCGUUUGGUGUUGCUAAGUUUUCAGCUAUGGUUUCUACGUCGGCCAAUCGUGCACAUUUCAUUUCGACAUCCAUAACUUAUCUGAGAGACAGAAAUUUUGACGGACUUGAUUUAGACUGGGAAUAUCCAGCGGCACGUGGAAGUCCCGCUAUUGACAAAGAGCGUUUUACUUUACUUGUACAGGAGCUACGCCAGGCAUUUGAUGCGGAAUACGAUGGGAGUAAAGAAAAGUUACUGCUUUCCGCAGCAGUAGCAGCCGGCGAAGACACUGCUACAAAUGGGUACGAAAUGGCAGAAAUAGCAAAGCACUUAGAUUGGGUGGGAGUGAUGUCGUAUGAUUUACAUGGUUCUUGGGAAUCGCAGACCGGUCACCAUAGCGCCCUGUACGCACCAUCAAGUCAAGACCAAACACUGACUGUGACGCAAUGGAUAAAAGAUAACGACUAUGGUGGUGUUAUUGUGUGGGCACUCGAUCUUGAUGACUUUAGUAAUAGUCACUGUAGUGAAGGACCAUAUCCUUUAUUAAAUGCUAUUAAACAAGGCUUGGAAAACGACGAUGAUGCUAAUAACUCUACUGAGGAACCGAUCAUUCCGGAGAUAACUGAAGAACAAGUGACUGAGCAAACAGACUCAACAACUGCCAGAGAAUCUGAAGACACAGUAGAAGAUUCUUCAUCGUCAUACAAGAGGAUAUGUUACUACACUAAUUGGGCUCAGUAUCGUUCUGGCAACGCGCAAUACACUCCAGACGAUAUAGACGCGUAUAUUUGUACACAUAUUGUUUACGCAUUUGCCUUUAUGAACGAUCAACAUGAGCUGAUCCCUUUUGAAUGGAAUGAUGAAGACACUGAUUGGUCUCAAGGAAUGUAUUCUAAGGUAAAUGCACUGAGGGAAGUAAACAACGAUUUGAAGGUUCUGUUGGCCGUGGGAGGCUGGUCGUUUGGUGUUGCUAAGUUUUCAGCUAUGGUUUCUACGUCGGCCAAUCGUGCACAUUUCAUUUCGACAUCCAUAACUUAUCUGAGAGACAGAAAUUUUGACGGACUUGAUUUAGACUGGGAAUAUCCAGCGGCACGUGGAAGUCCCGCUAUUGACAAAGAGCGUUUUACUUUACUUGUACAGGAGCUACGCCAGGCAUUUGAUGCGGAAUACGAUGGGAGUAAAGAAAAGUUACUGCUUUCCGCAGCAGUAGCAGCCGGCGAAGACACUGCUACAAAUGGUUACGAAAUGGCAGAAAUAGCAAAGCACUUAGAUUGGGUGGGAGUGAUGUCGUAUGAUUUACAUGGUUCUUGGGAAUCGCAGACCGGUCACCAUAGCGCCCUGUACGCACCAUCAAGUCAAGACCAAACACUGACUGUGUCUCACGCAGCGACAUUGUGGUCAAAUGGAGGUGUUCCAGGUGAAAAGUUAAUGAUUGGUAUCGGUACGUACGGACGAAGCUUUACAUUAUCGACUUCAGCAUCAGGUAUAGGGGCACCAGCUGCUGGGGCUGGUACAGCAGGAACGUACACUAGUGAGGCAGGCUUUUUGUCUUACUAUGAAAUAUGUGACAUGCUACAAACUGGUGGCACUGUUGUACAUGACGACAAUCUACAAUCUCCAUAUGCUUACAAUGGUAACCAAUGGGUUGGAUAUGACGAUACUGAAAGUAUAGCAAGAAAGACACAAUGGAUAAAAGAUAACGACUAUGGUGGUGUUAUUGUGUGGGCACUCGAUCUUGAUGACUUUAGUAAUAGUCACUGUAGUGAAGGACCAUAUCCUUUAUUAAAUGCUAUUAAACAAGGCUUGGAAAACGACGAUGAUGCUAAUAACUCUACUGAGGAACCGAUCAUUUCGGAGAUAACUGAAGAACAAGUGACUGAGCAAACAGCCUCAACAACUGCCAGUGAAUCUGAAGACACAGUAGAAGAUUCUUCAUCGUCAUAUAAGAGGAUAUGUUACUACACUAAUUGGGCUCAGUAUCGUUCUGGCAACGCGCAAUACACUCCAGACGAUAUAGACGCGUAUAUUUGUACACAUAUUGUUUACGCAUUUGCCUUUAUGAACGAUCAACAUGAGCUGAUCCCUUUUGAAUGGAAUGAUGAAGACACUGAUUGGUCUCAAGGAAUGUAUUCUAAGGUAAAUGCACUGAGGGAAGUAAACAACGAUUUGAAGGUUCUGUUGGCCGUGGGAGGCUGGUCGUUUGGUGUUACUAAGUUUUCAGCUAUGGUUUCUACGUCGGCCAAUCGUGCACAUUUCAUUUCGACAUCCAUAACUUAUCUGAGAGACAGAAAUUUUGACGGACUUGAUUUAGACUGGGAAUAUCCAGCGGCACGUGGAAGUCCCGCUAUUGACAAAGAGCGUUUUACUUUACUUGUACAGGAGCUACGCCAGGCAUUUGAUGCGGAAUACGAUGGGAGUAAAGAAAAGUUACUGCUUUCCGCAGCAGUAGCAGCCGGCGAAGACACUGCUACAAAUGGGUACGAAAUGGCAGAAAUAGCAAAGCACUUAGAUUGGGUGGGAGUGAUGUCGUAUGAUUUACAUGGUUCUUGGGAAUCGCAGACCGGUCACCAUAGCGCCCUGUACGCACCAUCAAGUCAAGACCAAACACUGACUGUGUCUCACGCAGCGACAUUGUGGUCAAAUGGAGGUGUUCCAGGUGAAAAGUUAAUGAUUGGUAUCGGUACAUACGGACGAAGCUUUACAUUAUCGACUUCAGCAUCGGGUAUAGGGGCACCAGCUGCUGGGGCUGGUACAGCAGGAACGUACACUAGUGAGGCAGGCUUUUUGUCUUACUAUGAAAUAUGUGACAUGCUACAAACUGGUGGCACUGUUGUACAUGACGACAAUCUACAAUCUCCAUAUGCUUACAAUGGUAACCAAUGGGUUGGAUAUGACGAUACUGAAAGUAUAGCAAGAAAGACACAAUGGAUAAAAGAUAACGACUAUGGUGGUGUUAUUGUGUGGGCACUCGAUCUUGAUGACUUUAGUAAUAGUCACUGUAGUGAAGGACCAUAUCCUUUAUUAAAUGCUAUUAAACAAGGCUUGGAAAACGACGAGAAUGCUAAUAACUCUACUGAGGAACCGAUCAUUCCGGAGAUAACUGAAGAACAAGUGACUGAGCAAACAGACUCAACAACUGCCAGUGAAUCUGAAGACACAGUAGAAGAUUCUUCAUCGUCAUACAAGAGGAUAUGUUACUACACUAAUUGGGCUCAGUAUCGUUCUGGCAACGCGCAAUACACUCCAGACGAUAUAGACGCGUAUAUUUGUACACAUAUUGUUUACGCAUUUGCCUUUAUGAACGAUCAACAUGAGCUGAUCCCUUUUGAAUGGAAUGAUGAAGACACUGAUUGGUCUCAAGGAAUGUAUUCUAAGGUAAAUGCACUGAGGGAAGUAAACAACGAUUUGAAGGUUCUCUUGGCCAUGGGAGGCUGGUCGUUUGGUGUUGCUAAGUUUUCAGCUAUGGUUUCUACGUCGGCCAAUCGUGCACAUUUCAUUUCGACAUCCAUAACUUAUCUGAGAGACAGAAAUUUUGACGGACUUGAUUUAGACUGGGAAUAUCCAGCGGCACGUGGAAGUCCCGCUAUUGACAAAGAGCGUUUUUCUUUACUUGUACAGACAGGCUUUACAUUAUCGACUUCAGCAUCAGGUAUAGGGGCACCAGCUGCUGGGGCUGGUACAGCAGGAACGUACACUAGUGAGGCAGGCUUUUUGUCUUACUAUGAAAUAUGUGACAUGCUACAAACUGGUGGCACUGUUGUACAUGACGACAAUCUACAAUCUCCAUAUGCUUACAAUGGUAACCAAUGGGUUGGAUAUGACGAUACUGAAAGUAUAGCAAGAAAGACACAAUGGAUAAAAGAUAACGACUAUGGUGGUGUUAUUGUGUGGGCACUCGAUCUUGAUGACUUUAGUAAUAGUCACUGUAGUGAAGGACCAUAUCCUUUAUUAAAUGCUAUUAAACAAGGCUUGGAAAACGACGUUGUUGCUAAUAACCCUACUGAGGAACCGAUCGCUAUCAAAGCUUUUGAAAUAAGCCUUCGUAUUACAAACGUUGGAACCUCAGAUGCAGAAUUCGAUAACGACUUAUACGACCAAGAAUCUAAGCUGUACAUAGAGUAUGAGAAGGAUAUAUGUGAUUCCGUGACAACUUUAUAUGACAAAAGUAGUACCGUUACUAGUGACAGCACAACUUGCUCAGUGUCCAGCUUUGAACAAGGAAGCAUCAUCGCGAACGUGCAGGUGGAGUUUCCAAACUCGACUAAUAAUGUUGAUGAAUUACAAACGAUACUUGUAGAGGCUGUCGAAAACGAUACUUUACCUGGCACCAAUUUUACUGUUGAUAGCUCCUCUAUAACUGUAAUAGAAAUUCGACCAACUACUAUAGCUGCAAUGGAGACAAGCACUGCAGCCAAGGUUGAACCAACUACUGUGACAGUAGUAGACGAAAGUACUACUUUCGCAAAUGAACUGAGUACUAGAGCUGAAGUGCAAACAACUACAAUACCAGCAGUGGAACCAAGUACACAAGCAGGAGAAAUAUUUACAAUAGAAACAGAUACUAUCGUCAUAAACUUACCAACAGUGGAAUCAACUAGAGUACCAAAGUUGGAACCAAGUACACCAACAGGACAGACAUCCUCAAAACAAACAGAUGAUGUAGGUAUUACAAAACCAACAGUUAAACUAACUACAGUAGUAGUAGAACCAACAUCAUUCAAAACAGAGAUUCCAUCUACUGUACCUGUAGAAGAAGACCAUACGAAUACUCGUACACAUACAGCAACAGUACUAGAGCCAACUACAGUAAGAACAUCUGCAGGCAGACCACGGACUACAGAAGUCGAAUCAACCCCUGAUACACCAGAACAAGCAUUCUCUACGUUUAGAAUAGAAACGACAACAUUUGGCGUUAGGUUUCGCAUUAUAAAAGUUAAUGGAACAGAAGCAGUAUUCAUUGAUGAUCUAAAUGACCCGAAUUCUUCGUUAUACGUGCAGUACGAACAUGACAUAUGUGAUUCUGUGACAUCUGUAUACGUUGAUAGAAGCGAUAUAUCAAGUGACGAUCUUUUAUGUUCAGUUUCGAGUUUUGAAUCUGGCAGUAUUAUCGUUAACUUACAACUCGAAUUUUCACAAGGCGCUACCUACGCCGAUGAACUACAAAUGAUUCUAAAAGAUUCAACUGAUUCGGGCAUUUUACCUGGGACUCAAUUUACUAUUGACACUGCAUCGGUAAUUGUGAUAAAAAUGGAAUUUUGUGCUUCUGGUUUUUGUGAAAAUGGUAAAACCUGUGAUAAUAGUGUUCAGCCACCCGUAUGUACAUGUACCUCUCAAUAUAACGGUGACACAUACCAAGACCAAGAAAAAUACAAUGCAAUGAUGUAUAUGGUUAUCGGACUGCCUGUUGGAAUCGUUGUUCUUCUGAUAGUCUGUUUCAUUCUCACCGUUUUGUGGUUGAAGUACAAGCAGAGAAUACAUUUGAGAAAAUGUUUUCAUUUUAAAGAUCCUCGACAAAUACCGUAUAGGUUUGGUUAUCUAAAUAGUGAUAGUGUUUCCAGCUCAUCUCAUUCUGAUAGGCUUGCCCGGUACCACAGGGGUAUGAUGCUGACCUCACCAGCUGUUGGUGAAUACAACAAAACGAUGCCUACUGACUUUCAUCGGCCGUACAUAGCGACAGGCGAUGAACAAUUGGCACGACAACGUCGAGAAUUUCAUGUUUUUCCCAUUAAACAGUGGUGUAGUAACGAAGGAUCCGAUGACCCUGCCUACAGACCCUUCUGGACACUAUUACGCUGGGAGAAUUUUUGAAAAUGAAAUACAAAAUACGUAACCAAUGGAAAUGGGCGCAGAUCAUGGGAGACAUCCCCCCCCCCACAUAUUUUUAAGGGGAUUGGUUCUCCCAUUUUACGACCGCAAUGUCAUUUCAAAAUUACAUAGGCGUAACCGAUUAGGUUGCUUAUGUUAUAUGAUUUCAACAAUAAUCGGCGAUACAAUGCAUCAAGUUUCAUAUUCGAGA